AUGAAACUAGAUGCCUUAAAGAGACUGGACAAAGGGGGAAAUGUAAACAAAAUUACCAGAGAUUUAGGUGUUGAACGGACUACUUUGAUAGAAUGGAAAAAGAAGAGGUCCGAAAUCGAGUCUUGGUAUGUGAAAAGAGCAUAUACGGAUAGUUUAAAGGAAAGAAAAAAUAUGAAAGGUGAUGAAUACGAAAAAGUGAGCGAGGCGCUUUAUUUGUGGUUCAGGCAGCAAAGAAAACAGGGAACACCGAUUUCAGGACCUGUUUUACAAGAACAAGCCCUAAAAUUUUAUGAUGAAUUUCAAGGAGAGCCUGGAUUUACUGCUAGUGCUGAUGAAGCUGCACGACGACGGAAUGAGUGUGAGAGACAAAAUUUUAUUAUAUGCUGUACUUUUCCGUGUCCAGUAUUGUGCUACAAAUGGGUAGAGUAA